AUGGCGGAUGACAUCGAAGUCAUGGACGACAGCGGCGAUGCUAUCCUGGUCGUCGGCUCUAAGGAUCCCGUUCAGCUGAAGGUGUCGUCCAGCACGCUCUCGAGGGUUUCGCGAGUUUUCAAGGCUCUUUUCGGCCCCCACUUCAGUAGGUCAACGCUAAUUCUACCCAGGCGAAGGACAGGCACAGCGCAGCUCCACCCAGCCGACGAUGACCAAGUUGCUAUGACCUCACUCUGCUGCUUGCUUCAUUGCUGCGAUAUGCCAGAGACUAAAGAUAACGCUGCUCGUAAUGAAGCUCCUUUGCUUCUGGACUUUGCGGUCGCCGUGGACAAAUACGAUGUGGUUGGCGCGCUGCGUCUUCAAUCUCAGGCUCUGCUCAUGUCGUGGGUCGAGCGCGUGAAAGUCGACUUCACCACUUUCGGCGACGUACGAUCUCUAGGCCAGCUCAUGGCCGCUGCGUACCUUCUUGGGCAGCCAAAGGCCUUCGGUCAACUCACUCUACUGUGGGUCGAUGCCAAGAUUUCCCGCCCGUCGCGACUUCUUGUAGAGCAGAGCGGACAGAUCAUCCCAACCAAACCAAAGCUAGUACUAAUCACUCCAAAGCGGCCUGGAAGAAGGGCCUGUGUCUCACAUGCGUCCGGGCCGAUGCCGAUCUUUUCAACGAAUGCAACAAGCACAGCUUCAUCUAUUAAGCAACUGUUUGAGAAUUCUGAGUUGGGGUUACUGAGGAAGGAGAGGAUUCAAGAACGCACAAACGCCUGUGGCCUCGGCACGCGGUCAUAUCUGAGUACUGGAAUCUGGAGAAAGCCACGGCCACUAGCCGCAGUCGAUAGCAAUGCAGCUUUCUCGCGUCCAACAAAAAUUUCCUUGCUUCGUAAUGACGUUACGCUCACCCCGGCUCGAAGCAUCACAGAGUCUGUGCGGCCUUCGAAAAGGCAUAGACCAUACGACUCAGUCCAGCAUCACGAUCUUCCAGAGAAGCUGCAGAACCUGCAGUCUUGGCACAGCACUACUCUCAAAUUGGCCACGCGUCUCAUUUUCACCGGUCACCCACCACCAUUCAAGAUGGCAAACGACGUACAGGUGAUCGAUGACGAGGGCGAUGUCGUCUUCGUCGUCGGCACCAGCACCAGCAAGAAGAAGCUGAAGCUGUCUUCUGCCAUCCUGUCAAGAGUGUCGCCGGUGUUCCAAGCGCUCCUCGGACCUCACUUUCGUAAGUCAUUCUGGUCGCGUACGAUUAUUUCGCGGCUGACUGCUACAGGUGAAGAACAAGCGGCUCGCAGCGCCACCCAGACCGCCGAGAUCGCGCUCCCAAACGAUGAUCCAACUGCAAUGACACGCCUCCUUGAACUACUUCAUCUACAAGACGUUGGCAUUCUUAUCCCCUGCGGAGGAAAAAACUAUAGCAGGAAGCUACUGGACUUCGCAGUCGUAGCCGACAAGGUAUUCGUCAGGUCUCCUAACUUGAACCAAAGCAAUGGCAUGCUCUUGACCUGGCUCACCAAUUUCGCCGGCGAGGACAAUGUGAGUAGCCAGGGUAACAUCAUCGCGGCCUCUUACCUACUCGAUCAACCGGCUGUGUUUGAAGAAAUCACCAAAAAGUUCAUGCAAGCCAUGCAUCCUACAUCCUCAGCUCUUUUGAAGGAGCUCAGCGCUUCUUGCCUGACCAGUGAUGAUCAAUGCAAUGGACCAACUCUCUUUCAGUUGCCCUGCAGGAGCGACGCGCGAAGACCACGACGAACGAGGAGGCUUUCAUCUACACCGUCUGCACCAAGCAUUGCCACUAGAAUAGCAGUCAGCGAGACCGCGAAGAGCGUAGAAAAGGAGAAAGCCCGAAGAGGCUUGCACUUUGAGCGAGCGUCGGCGCUAAGAAUCAGCCAUACUCACCAAAGCGAACCCAUCCUCAAUAUACGCAUCAUCCCACAUCCAAAAACAACCCAAUCCCCACUUCCACUCUCCUCCUCUCCUCUCCUCUUUUUCAACUCCACCUCCUCCCCCCCAACCUCCUCCCCCCACCCUCCUUCGCCCUCCGAACCCACUCCUCAUGAUCCUGUCUCCUACGAUAAUGCGUCGUAG